AGCCGUAAAACUGACAAAAAAAUUUAGCCGUUGGAUGAAACAAAUGUUAACCGCAAAAAAAACAACAACAAAAAAAACAACAACAAAAAAAACACGAAAGUGAAAGUCUCCAGAUCUCUUGUCUAACUGUGACUUUUUUUUUUUAGUGUCUUGCCUUGUGGCUUUUAAGCUAUAUUAAUCUACAGAUCCUAUAAUCAUACCUAUUUCCAUCCUGGAAUGGCCGUCUAAGACCUUCAUUUUGUUUAACAUUAAUUGAAAUAAAUGUUUUAACUUUUUGAAAUGAUGAAAGUAAACUUUUAACUUUUCAAAAUAAUGUAAUUAAUGUCUACAAUUUCUCUUAACUGUAACGAAAAUAAAUUAACCGUCAGCCGUAACAAGAGCAAAAACAUUAACCGUUAGCCGUAAUAACCAGUACCCCGUUGAGACUCUCAGACGCCUGAUGUACAAGACAGCAGCUAGUGGAAAAUUCAAUCGAUUCCUAGAAUUCAGUGUUUGUUUAUGCUUCAGUUCAGUGAAUCGGAAUAACAUUAAAAUUCAUGAGAUCUGUUAUUAUAAACGCCAAGGAAAGCAAAGAUUUUCAUCAUAUUAUAUCAUCGGCUAGCGAUUUAUCAUAGCAGAUAGUAAUCAUAGCUGUAAAAUCUGUCUACAUUAUUUCUCUACGUUUCUUUGCAAGUCGCGUCACGGGAUUAAACAGGCAGUCAAUGAACGCCUGCUAAGCUACAACUUAAGAUUACUUCUUGACUUAAUUGUUGACCAAACCUAUAGCGUCGUUUACGGCCAUCAUGAAAUUGCAACGGUUCGUCUUGGAGAGUCCCACAUUACGCGAGGUCGAAAAGGUCCCACCGUACCUAUCCAGUUACAUUGUCACGAAUAUUCCGUUACUUUAAGCAGCUACAUAAUGAACAUUAGAUGUUUCAAAUCGACCACAAAUGUGUAUUAAUUUAUACUUCCGCAUAAAUUUAAUGCUUUGUGAAGGCGCAUGUCAUGACAUUGCAACCGAAGAUGGCGUCGCUGGAGACAAUGGGCGAAGAAAUUUCGGUGGGUGAAGAAAAGAUUUCUCCUCAUUUUGAUAAGCUACUGAGAGAUGUCACCGAAGAAUUAAGCGCUGAAGAAAUCACUAGUGCAGUAGCAUCGAUAAAGAACACUUUUGAGGGAAACUUUGAGGUUCAAAAAGAGCAAGACUUGUAUUCUUGUCUACAACUGUUUACUCGUCAAGGGUUUUUGUCUGACCAAAAUUUGACUCUGUUGGAGAGGUUUGUUGCGUGUAAAUCGUCCAAGAAGGACGAUAUAAAGCAAAAAAUUGAAAAAUUCAAACUAAGCCGCCGACUGGAAGUUACACCAAGGCAGGAAUUGAAGGGAAGAGAAACCGAUUUGCAAGCUGUUAUGGCUAUAUUAGCCGGAGAGCCUCCGAUCGUCAAUUUGUAUGGAUCUGGUGGGCUAGGAAAGACAACACUGGGCAAGGAAAUUUGCCUUAAGUGGCCGGGAAAGUCAAUGGCUGUCGACUUAAGGGGUGUAACGGAGAUGAAAGACGUUUACUUUCACGUCAUGCUGGCACUUGAUCCUGAGAAAACCAUCAUAAAAUAUGACGAAAAUCCGGUCGUUGAACAACUGCGGAAGUUGAUGAAUGAAAGCAAGAGUGAUGUCUUGCUAUCGCUUGACAAUGUCGAUCAGUUUUUAGGGGAAGAUGGCCCGGAUCAUGCCACGAUCCUGAACAAAAACUUGACGGGCUUUCUUAAGAGACUCCUUGAUCACAUGGCCAAUGAUGAAAAGCCACGAUUGAAGGUACUGUUGAUAUCAAGACCGAGAACACGUUUCCACGGGAUGUCCCUUGAUGGAAAGGUUCAGUACCAUGAGCUCAAGGCUUUACUCCUUGAUCACAUGGCCAAUGAAGAAAAGCCACGAUUGAAGGUACUGUUGAUAUCAAGACCGAGAACACGUUUCCACGGGAUGUCCCUUGAUGGACAGGUUCAGUACCAUGAGCUCAAGGCUUUGAAGAGAGGAAUUUCUAAGGAGAUUCUUCAAUCAGCAAUUGGAUUUUCAAUGGGAAUUCGUCAAAUGGAGAAACUGGUGGAAUUGUGUAAAGGAAAGCCACUUGUCUUUGAGGUCAUAACACCCAUUUUAAGGCAAGGAAUCGAAACUGCUGAAAAGCUUCUUGGAACGACUGAACAUGAGCUAGCGAUUAUGGAAUCUCAAGAAAAGGCAACUCCAUCAGCAGAACAUGACACGCAGGAAGAGAAAACAUGGGAUAGUAUUAGUGAAUCGAUUGAUAAAGAGCAAUUGUCAUGCUUCAGGAAGAUGUUCUUUCUACUUCCAAGUGCCACUUUCAGAAACUCCGCAGUGGCAUUGUCACUGUUCCGCCGUCCAUUCUCCGAGGAAGCUGCUGCUUUUAUCCUUGAUGCAGAAUCAUCCGAAGCAGUCAUCCUUCUGGAGGGCUUGAGAAGUAGGAAUGUUUUAUCCGUAGAUCCUGAGGCGAAGGAGGUCCUCUACGAUAUCCAUCCAUUGAUGCGAAGCUUUCUGGAAAGUGUUGGAAAUGGCUCUGUUUUCAAUCAAGUGUACGCGAACGCCAAAGAUAGAUUCUGUAAGUUGUAUAUGACGAAAAUCGAGGGCAUUGCAACAAUGCUAGACGAGGACUAUAUGACCGCGUUCCAGCAUUUUGACCAAGACAAGCCUAACUUUCAGCUUGCUUUAGACAUUCCCGUCAAGUCAGAUUACCUACAUGUUGCGAAAGAAUUUCACGAGGCAAUCAUGGUUUGCUACCUGGUUGAAGCCAUGCUUGAAGACAGCCAGCAGAGAAGAAAGAUUUUCGAAUCUUGGGCAGAGGCAGUAGAGGAAGAUGGAAAGGAAGGUUCUCUUUUCCGCGCGGAACUGAGAUGCUUCGAAGCGAUGCAAGUUCUAGGACUCCAAGGCUGGAAGUGGGCCACAAAAGUCUUGAAAAUGGCGGAGAAUUCAUUGCAGAUAGCUUACAAGAAUUUGAAAGACAGCCGAUCUUAUAGGUUAGCUCAAAGUACAUACCUGUAUGUUGAAGGUGAAAUUUACUACAGAAAAGGAAGUCUGCAAAGAGCGCUUACAAGUUUGUACCUUUCUAGAGAAAUAAUGGAAGACCUCUUGCAGAACCACACAAUUACAACAAGAUGUUUAAAUGCAAUUGGAAAUUGUCACAACCGGCUUGGCAACCACGAAGAAGCUUUAAAGUUUUAUACAAAGGCUUAUGAAAUGAGAAGAAAGCUUUCAGGUUCAAAGAAUCAUUUGGAUUUGNGAAAGCCACGAUUGAAGGUACUGUUGAUAUCAAGACCGAGAACACGUUUCCACGGGAUGUCCCUUGAUGGACAGGUUCAGUACCAUGAGCUCAAGGCUUUGAAGAGAGGAAUUUCUAAGGAGAUUCUUCAAUCAGCAAUUGGAUUUUCAAUGGGAAUUCGUCAAAUGGAGAAACUGGUGGAAUUGUGUAAAGGAAAGCCACUUGUCUUUGAGGUCAUAACACCCAUUUUAAGGCAAGGAAUCGAAACUGCUGAAAAGCUUCUUGGAACGACUGAACAUGAGCUAGCGAUUAUGGAAUCUCAAGAAAAGGCAACUCCAUCAGCAGAACAUGACACGCAGGAAGAGAAAACAUGGGAUAGUAUUAGUGAAUCGAUUGAUAAAGAGCAAUUGUCAUGCUUCAGGAAGAUGUUCUUUCUACUUCCAAGUGCCACUUUCAGAAACUCCGCAGUGGCAUUGUCACUGUUCCGCCGUCCAUUCUCCGAGGAAGCUGCUGCUUUUAUCCUUGAUGCAGAAUCAUCCGAAGCAGUCAUCCUUCUGGAGGGCUUGAGAAGUAGGAAUGUUUUAUCCGUAGAUCCUGAGGCGAAGGAGGUCCUCUACGAUAUCCAUCCAUUGAUGCGAAGCUUUCUGGAAAGUGUUGGAAAUGGCCCCGUUUUCAAGCAAGUGUACGCCAAAGCCAAAGAUAGAUUCUGUAAGUUGUACAUGACGAAGAUGGAGGGCAUUGCUGCAAUGCAAGACGAAGACUAUGUGACCGCGUUCGAGCAUUUUGACCAAGAUAAGGCUAACUUUCAGCUUGCUUUAGACAUUCCCUUUAAAUCAGAUUACUUACAUGUUGCGAAAGACUUUCGCAAGUCAAUCAUGGAUUGCUACCUAGUUGAAGCCAUGGUUGAAGACAGCCAGCAGAGAAGGAAGAUUUUCAAAUCUUGGGCAGAAGCAGCAGAUGAAGAUGGAAAGGAAGGUUCUCUUUCCCGCUCAGAACUUAGAUGCUUCGAAGCGAUGCAAGUUCUAGGACUGCAGGGCUGGAAGUGGGCCAUGGAAGUCUUGAAAAUGGCAGAGAAUUCAUUGCAGAUGGCCUACAAGAAUUUGAAAGACAGCCGGUCUUAUAGGUUAGCUCAAAGUACAUACCUGUAUGUUGAAGGUGAAAUUUACUACAGAAAAGGAAGUCUGCCAAGGGCGCUUACAAGUUUGUACCUUUCUAUAGAAAUAAUGGAAGACCUCUUGCAGAACCACACAACUACAACAAGAUGUUUAAAUGCAAUUGGAAAUUGUCACAACCGGCUUGGCAACCACGAAGAAGCUUUAAAGUUUUAUACAAAGGCUUAUGAAAUGAGAAGAAAGCUUUCAGGUUCAAAGAAUCAUUUGGAUUUGCCAUUUUACAAGGGCCAGAUCGGCACUGUUUACGAGGGACAAAAACAAUACGACAAAGCCAUCCAGNUUUAUAGGUUAGCUCAAAGUACAUACCUGUAUGUUGAAGGUGAAAUUUACUACAGAAAAGGAAGUCUGCAAAGAGCGCUUACAAGUUUGUACCUUUCUAGAGAAAUAAUGGAAGACCUCUUGCAGAACCACACAAUUACAACAAGAUGUUUAAAUGCAAUUGGAAAUUGUCACAACCGGCUUGGCAACCACGAAGAAGCUUUAAAGUUUUAUACAAAGGCUUAUGAAAUGAGAAGAAAGCUUUCAGGUUCAAAGAAUCAUUUGGAUUUGCCAUUUUACAAGGGCCAGAUCGGCACUGUUUACGAGGGACAAAAACAAUACGACAAAGCCAUCCAGUGCUAUCAAGAGGCACUUGAGCUUUCUAAAGAACUGAAACUUUCAGGAAUCUUGCGUUUAGCACUCUUUCACAGAAACAUCGCCAAUGCUUACGCCUGGAAAAGGGAUUUUGAGAAAGCCUACAAGGCAGCAAUGGAUGCUUACGAGAUAAGAAAAGACAUCUUGGGGGAUCAUCCUGACACGGCGAGAAGUGCAUUUCAAGUUGGACUAAUCUGUAGGAGCCAGGACGACUAUGCUGAGGCUGAAGAAUUUUAUGCCGAGGCUUGGAGAAUUGAGAAAUCCCUAGAGUAUGGCAACCACAGUGCAGUGAGGGACAGGAUUGUGCGGGACUACACUGCCAUCCUUGCUGGCGAGAGGAAGAAAGCGUUUCAGAAUGAAGCUUUGGAGUUUUAUCAACGCUUGUGGGCAGAAGAAGAAGAGUUCUCCUACGCUAACAAGAGCAUCAUCGAUGAGAUAAACCAACUGCUCAGUGGAUCUGGAGAUAGGAAAAUGGUUAAGAAGUAUGAGAAGGAAGCUCUGCGGUUUUAUGAAAUGGCUUGGAAGUCCCCAGACCUUCAACAACUUCCCCGCCAAGAGAGAGAAGACAUUUUGCAGAACAUAUUAUAUCUCUGUAAGAAGCUUCGCGAGAAAGAAAUGCUCAAGAAAUACGAAGGUGAGCAGCUUGAAUUUCUUGAACGGCAAUGGGAAGAGAAGAAGGAAACAAUGAGAACUCAGGACAAGAUUGACAUCCUUCAGGCGCUUCAACAACUCGCGGCGAAACAGGGUGAUGAAAAAAGGAGAGAGAAAUACAAGAUAAUUUUCGAGAAAGUCAAGAGAGGGACAUUUUCUUCUUUACAGGCAAAUCAGGGCAACUCGCUCCCAGGAUCUGUGGUCAGUGUACAAAUACCCAGUGCCAGAGCAGAUCACGUCGACAUUGGUGUUGACAUUGGUGUUGCAGAACGUGGUGGAGGUAUGGGCGACGUUGACAAGACUGAGUCGCAAGAAAUACUUCAAGUUCAGUCGCAGGAAGUAACCAAGACUAACGUGUCGGAGGAAACAUCGAUGAACAAGUGUGAAAUAAUGCAAGAAAGAAGCUUGCACGACCCACAAGAACCUACCCCUGAUAACCAAUUUCCUGCCAAACAGGUAGGACCAGAACAAACUGAAGAUUCACCGAGUGACUCAUCUAAACAAAAAGGUACUUUGCAGGAGGAUGCAGAGGAAAGACAGCUUUGGAAGACAAGCAAGGCUGCAUCUGGCAUAAUUACCAGCGAAGGUGGUGAGGUGUCUGCAGAUGGUGUCCGACUCGUCUGCUCCCCUGGAGCUGUUGAUAAUCCAGUGUAUGUAAAUAUUGCUCUGGAGGACCCUGUGAAGUACUAUGGCUUGAUAGUACAAAAGAGGCUGGAAAACGAAAUCAUGUUUGCUUCUCCGAUCGUUACUCUUCACCCAAAUGGCCACUUGUUUCAGAAACCUGUAACAUUGACAACUAAGAUUAAGCCGAUCGAUAAAGGGAAUGAACGCCUUCUUGUUUUGCACGGCACAGAAGGUAGAGACGGAAAGAUCUCUUGGCUGGACAUUAGUCAAAAUUCAGUCACGAAUGUGACAAAGAAAGAAGUGAGCAUUGAAAUUGAAAGAUUUUCGCUCAUUUGGAAUCUGUGGAAAUUGACUCAGAUCCGUACCAAAGAGAUUGUAUCGCGGCUUAACCUGUCACCAUUCACUUAUACAAUGUCAGUAUUGUUCAAAGAAAAUUCAUUUGAGCAUGAGUUAGCCCUGGUAUUCAUGAGUCAAGACAUCUUCCAUGAACCAUACUACAAAGAACACGAUGCUUCAGCAUUGGUGCAACUGAGCAAAGAUGGAUUUAAGCUGCUGCAUUCCGCUGACGGACCGACCGACAAGCAAAUCUUCAACGGCGAAAAUCUUCAAGUUUCUGUCCGUCUUGGGGAAGACUAUAAAUUGGCUACAAAUCAACUGAGUAGUAGAGACGUCAUUGUAAAAUCACAUGUUUGGUGGAGCACUGGACAUGUGAUCAGAAUUCCGAUGGUAGCGAUUAAAGAUGUCAGAAUCCUAUGUGGAAAGGUCAGUGUCGAAGGAGAGCAUGGACACAACGGCGCAUACCAAUUCUGCGAGCAAGAUCUGUGUGGUUAUGUCAAGCGCCUACUGCGGGUAGAGGGAGCCAUUUUCAACCUUAAACCCAUUGCGCAGAAGAUUGGGACGCCCGAAGAGGAAACCAGUGAGAUCAUGAGGAUUUGGAAAAACGAAGAUGACCAGCUGAAAGCACUCUUGCAACCCUGGGACAAGGAGAGAAGCCAGCUAGAAGAUCUUGAUAAACUAAGGAAAGGUCUUGAGAAUUUGAAAGAAGAAGACUACAAAGUAACACAAAGAGGCCAGAUGCACAUACGACACCUGAGAGAACUUGCUGUCAAGAUCCGGGAGUUGAAAAUCGAGGACGUUGAUUUGAUGAGGUAUUUCAGUAGUAAAAUUGAAUCUUUAUGCAAAACGAUUCUAACAGACUGCUGCAUCCAGUUGGCGAGAUCCGUCGAAGAGGCAGAAAGAGCAGCCUCGUCGGAAGACCAUGCAGAUUAUCUUCAGGUUUACCGGAAGAUAUCUCACGAUACUGCGUCGAGAUAUCAACAGAUGUGUUCAUCGUCUAAAGAAUCCAUCGCUUCGAAUUUCCUGGCCUUUGUUCCCCAUCUCAUUCAAGACAUUAAAGCCAUCUAUCGUGAUCAAAUGAUUCCACAUGUGCAAAAUGGCUUGAGAGGACUGUCCAAGGAUACCCUGGAUCGAAUGGGGUCUAAGCUUAGAGAAGCCGAAAGAAAAAGCAAAAUCAGGCAACUUGUAUGUGAGGUGUGCAAGAUUCUCGAGGAGCUAUGUGUUAAUAACUGUGACAGCCAACACCCCGCUGAUCUGAUUAGGAAGUGGGGGGAAAGUCUAGGGAUUUGGUCCAUGUUGGAAUUUCUCAAGCCAUUCUUCCAGAAAUCUCCCGCAGAUGCCCGAUUUUACAAGAGGUUAGAACUGUUCUCGCGUUGCACAAGGGACAUCAUGUCAGAUGUGGUAGAUGCUGAUGACCAAGUUUUUAUGCUUGGUUUUUUCGAUGUUUCGUUUAGUCUGAUACAUUUUGCCAAGUUUGAUCCGGCUAAAGUGGUGCGAUUUGAACUCACAGACUCCACGAAUUCACCGGUGACGUGCGGAAGUGAGGGCGUAAAGUACGACUGUCACAAUGACACAUUCUCUCAGCUGUUCUGCUUUCGAAAAGACGAGGAAGGAGAGCUACUGCUUCGUGUUUUUGCACGCGUUCAUGUUAAAGGGCAAAUCUACCGAAUAGGAGCUUUCCAGUCCGUGAUCACGCUUCCUGUAUCUCAAGAGAAAACUUUUGACGCGUGCCUUGACACUUGCAUGACCCGUGUAUCGGUUAAUAACAUCGCUGUCACAAAACUAGAAGUUAAAGAAACGAAAAAUAUCCAGGUGGCUCUUUCUUCAACACAAAGGCCAAAUCUCGUAUCGCUGCUAGAUGUCCUCAUAAAAGAACCAGACCUACAAGAAUUGGUGGAUUGGAAAGGGUCUCAGGUAACCCCGUGUCACUUAACGGUUCGUACCGUGGUCCCCACAAAGCCAGAGACAGUUUUAAGGCUUCGCCUGGUUUACAAAUGGAAGUCUGAAGCAGUUUUUCUUGACAGUGAAGACUUUGUGGCCCAUGCAGAUCCCUCUGCAGAAGGCGCUGCCGUAUCAGAAGUACGGUUUAAGGGUCUGACCACCACACGGAAGCCUGAAGAUCUUUCUAUGUUAUUGGCUUUGGAUGAUGGACACCCCAUGGAACCUUUUCUUUCGCAACGAGGACAUCCAUACACCCAAAUACGGUGUGAGAAAAUAGGUAGUUUAAAUAAGUUUUUGUCGUCCGUUUACGUUUAAAUUCGAUAACAAGGAGAUUUCGAUUUCGCACCACGCAGCCCCGGACUUUCACAUUUGCUCUGGAAAACAAACAUUUCUUAUUUCAUGUAAGGGUAUGUUGAACACAGCUUACGAAAACAGCCCUCAACUAUGGAAAGUAUACCUACGGUCGGUGAUAAACCGACUAAGCAUGAUAUUAGAUUAAAGGUGAUAUAUUUUUCUAA